AAGUGAGCUCCAACGAGGCAAGAGCGAGGAUUUGGAUAGCAGGAAGAAACACGAACCGAUAGCCAUCACUUCAAUGUACGAAAACAUGAUAAUCAAGCAACAGAAUCCUCGUAGGAAACUUCGUAGACACCCGGAAGUAUACGAAGAGUACGAUUUUCGAAGGAAACACGAAGAACCUGUUGCUAGUUCUUCGGCACCCGAAACAACUUUUGUUUCUAGUGCUUUUAUCAUGAUUUCCGACGAAAAUACCGGAAGCUCAAGCAACUCCACCAAAUUAGAGAAGAAGAUGCUGAGGACGGACGUCUACCCGCUUUCGCCGACUCACUAUAACCAACCGCCUACUCCAGACCAUCCUCCUCCUUCUGCCAUGCAGGCGGAGAGUAUUAUCUACGAAAAAAUUCGUCCAUUGAGUCAGUGGCGCAAGCGAACCGCGAAUGUAAAAAGGCAUGCUAGUCUUCCGACUCUGACAUUUACCAUUUAUAAAAAAAUUCCUUCGUGGAUCCACCAGGAGUACAAGAGGAGAUCGAAGGAUAUGGAAACGGAGACCGAAGAUGAAUAUCUUUUGAUAUACGACGGUUCAAGCGGGAGUUUUUCCAGUAGCGUAUCGUUGUCGGAUCGAAGUGUGGAUAAUAUUCUGGAGGAGUACAAUUCUGAAAUUCCUUUUGCGGGUAAGUUUUAUGUAUAUGUAUUAAAAUGA